AUACAAACAAAAAACUAAAACUUUAAAAACUCCGCGAAAUUGUGAAGAAAGAAAAACACAAAGAGCGCAUGUGUGUGAGGCACUUGCGAAACAGAGAGCGAUAGCAAGUGAGAGCUAAUACUUCUGUUUGUUGUUUUUGUGCGUUUCGCGACAAGUCUGGAUGGGUGCUUUUGUCCUGGCAGCUGCAUGACUUCCGAAUGCGAACACAACGAGCUCACAGAACAAAUUCAACAAGAGCGACAGCUGGACGUGUGCGAAAGCAAAGCGCAUAGAGUGCGGAGCGCAAGCGAGAAUAUAUAGAGAAAGGCUAAAGCGGGGCAUACACUUUCACACACAUACACGCACAGUCACAGACACAAACACAAACACAUAUGAAUAGAAAUUAAUAAUACAAAAAUAAGUUGAAUACGAAAAAGCUUAAAUAACAGUUAUUUAUAGUAACGCGCUUGAUGUGAUUGUGCGUAAAAACGGCUUGCGACUUUGUGCAACAAUAAAGUGGGUUAAGACGAAAGCUUUACGGGAAAAAAUUUCUUUUGAGGUCGCUCGUAAAAGCGUUUUUUGCCAUUGUUGUUGUUGCUGUUGUUAGUAGUGAAAAAAGCGUUACAGACAUCGGUUGCAUGUGUGUAUGCGGCGGGGCAGAAGUGAAAAAAUGCAGUGCAGCAGCAAAAACAAAAACGAAACAAAGCAAAUGGCUUGAUAGGCAACUAAAUAUUUAACAAUUUUUCAAUUCAAUUGUAACAUAACCAAAAACGAACGUGAUAUUUUACAACUGUGGCCUGCUUUUAGCACAGUACAAAACACAAACACACACAUACACAUAGGAACACACACACACACGCAAACUAUAUAGCAAUAUAUGCCCAUUGAGUGCCUUAUAUCAUUUGAUAAUAAUCCACAAGGUGUCUACUAUGCCGGACAGGAACUAUCUGGUGUUGUUGAUCUUAGCGUCGAUGCCACCAAGCGCAUUAAAGGCAUUCAUGUCACCGUCAGCGGUUAUGCCAAGAUACGCUGGAUAAAAAAGGGAUAUCCGCGGGACAGCGAACGCGCCAUGUGCCGUGCCUAUCGAUCUUAUCUGUCAUCGAGAUCGUAUGUCCUUGGCUCCUGUGCGGGCAACUCGUGCAUCGAUUGGCUGGCCGGCGAAUAUUCGUACACGUUUCAUGUCAUACUGCCCGAUAAUCUGCCCACAUCCUUUGACGGCAAGUAUGGCCAAAUACACUAUGAGAUCAUAACAACGAUCGAGCGAUCGGGUCGCUAUCCGAAAGUGUUCAAGCUGCCAUUUACCGUGAUACAACCAUUAGACCUAAACGCCGAUGCCAUCUACAGAGUACCUCUGGAGAUACUCGAUCGCAAACGCUUUUGGAGCUUUUGCUGUCCAACCGGGCCGCUCACAGUGAAGUUCUCGACACCCUACUGUGGCUAUGCACCGGGCCAGAAGAUUCAUUUUGUACUGUACAUCAAUAACGAGUCGUCGAUUGAUAUAACCGAGUGCGAGGUGAAACUGAAGCAGGAGGUUAGCUAUGAGUCGCACGAUCCGCAACAUGAGUAUCGCUAUGACAAACACCUGAUAGCUUUAAAGCAGUUCGGCAACGUGUUGCGAUGGUCGAGAAAGGUGUAUAGGGGCUUUUUGGAUUUGCCUUCGAUACCACCGACAUCGGUGAAGCCGACCUGCCCCAUUAGCGUUAACUAUUCAAUUAAGAUCAUUGUGAAUCCAACCGAGUUCCAUUGGAAACUGAAACUCAAAAUUCCGCUGACCAUCGGCAGCAUACCCAUCAUGGAUGGACCCGAUGCUCUGCUCCGCUUCAAUCGUCAGCAGCAGCAGCAUCAAGUAGUUAGCCAACAUUUACAAAUCUCAACGCAGCAGAACCAAAGGCAGCAGCGACCACAGCAGCGCGGCAGCCUACAAAAUAGCAGCAACAAUAGCAGCAACAACAACAACAAUCAGGCAACACAGGCCAUGCAACGCUCUGGUGCAAUACUGCCGGCCCAAUCGAGUCCCUCAUCAAUGCCAACGACUGCCGACCUGAGGCCAAUGGCCGCCAUGCCAGCGAUAUUAGUGACCAGCGAUAGCGAUAGUCCCCCAGAUUAUAUACCCAUGAUGCCGCCCUCGUAUGAAGAUGCCAUGGCUCUGAGCGAAAAGUUUAGCGAUGAUAUCGAAUUCCUGACAAAUGUUAGCAUGAGCAGCAUUUUGUCCGCUCAGGGCGACGUAACAAGUGAGCGUGAGCCCUUUAAACCGCGUUACCCGGUCUAUUACGAUUACGAGACACCGACCAUACCGCCCGAGACGCUCUACAGUGAACCCUCGAAUACGCAAAAUCGAUACGCAGCGCAACAGGAAACGGAUGAGAAUGGAACGCCUGCCCAAGGAACAGCGGAUCUAUUGAACUGCGAGAAAAAGUGAAGCCACAGCAAAACAGCAAAAACAACAAAAACAUAUUUAAUCAAAAUC